CCGGCGGUGUAGAUUUAUAUAGACGCCAUAUUAAAUUUACUAAACUAAUGGAAAUUAAAUAUUUUUGCCUUUAAUAGCUUAUAAGGAAAAUAAAAUUUUGAAAUUUACCUCAAAUUAAAGGAAUUUAAUGGUUUUGAAAUUACCCACCAUAAAAUAAAUAUAUUAUGGCACAUCAAAAUCUUAUUGGUGAAGUUGAUAUAUCAAAUGCCCAAAUAAUUCAAGUUGUCGACAAUCCAGGCUCACAUUUAUCUCAUAUUAACACUGACUUACCAUAUGAUAACUUAGAUCAAUAUGAAAUUGUUGAUAAUACUGAAGAUCAAUAUGAAGAAGUAAUUUGUGAAGCAGAAGAUUCACAAAAUUUUUUAUUGCAACAACCAGAUGAUGAUGAUGAAACCAAUUUAGGAAUAAAUAGUAACGAUAUAGAUGAUGAAGAUGGUGAUAAUUUUUCAAGUACAAACUAUGUUAAAGCAGAGCCGAUAUUUGAUGCAACAGAUGAAAAUCCAUUUUAUGUUUACACAACUGAUCCGUCAUCGCUUGAUAAUAGAAUUUUAGUACAAAACAUUUCUGGACCAUCACUUUUGCAAACACAAUUACUACAACAACAGCAACAGAAUCAACAACAACUACAACAACAACAAUUGCAAUUAGCACGUACAAUUAAGUUAGAGGAUCAUGUGCAGCUUUUGCAGCAGGAUUCCAUUGAACUACCGAAUCAACUGGUCAUAAACGAAUCUGCGCAUCAUCAACAACGACAGGCCACCAAAACAAAACGUUGGGAACAGAAACAAGUACAAAUAAAAACAAUGGAUGGCGAGUUUAGUGUAACAAUGUGGUCAUCAACAACUUCGUCGCCUGAAGAUUGUGGUACUGGAGGAAUAGAAGAUACUGGUAUUGAAGAAGAGAAUUCCAAUAAUCAUUUAGAUUCUGAUUACUCAGAAUAUAUGGAUGGCGGUAGUAAUAGCAAUCACAAUAAUCCGGUGUUUCAAGAUACUGGCAGUACUUUAGUGGACAUAAAACCGACGGGCCUAAAUUUGAAUUUAUUAGAUCCUAAGCAAUUAAAUGAGCUUAUCAGAUCCAAUAAAAAAUUAAAAGCCGCGAUAAAUAAAAACAAUACCACAAGUGGAAUUAACACAAAACCAUCUGUUCCUAAUGAUUAUUAUGAAAGAACUGUAGCGUGUCCACACAAAGGUUGCAGUAAAAUGUUUCGUGAUAAUGCUUCUAUGCGAAAACAUCUACAUACACAUGGACCUCGUGUUCACGUAUGUGCUGAAUGUGGCAAAGCAUUUGUAGAAAGUUCAAAAUUGAAACGUCAUCAAUUGGUACACACGGGUGAAAAACCAUUUCAAUGUACAUUUGAAGGCUGUGGUAAACGUUUUUCAUUGGAUUUUAAUUUAAGAACGCACGUUCGAAUACAUACUGGCGAUCGACCUUAUGUUUGCCCGUUUGACGGAUGUAAUAAAAAAUUUGCACAAUCGACCAAUUUGAAAUCACAUAUUUUGACACACGCCAAAGCAAAAGCCAGAAGAAGUAGCGCAGCAAGUUCAGGUGGUAGUGGGAAUAUCACUGGGAGUACCGGAAUAACAAUAGGAGGAAACUUGUCAGAAAAUAAUUCAUACUUGGCCAGAAAUAACAUUGGGAACUUAACAGAAAUGAUGAUAAUUCCAAACGACGGUGGUUUUGUUGGUAAUUUUCACGAAAUUAUGGAUGGAGGAAAUUAAGUUUAUAUUUAAACAUUUUAGAAGUAAACAAAAAAUAUAAAAAAUAUAGUAUAAUCUUAUGUAUUUUUUUACAUCAGAAAAACUAGAAUUUAAAAAAUAAUAUAUUAUAUUAAGGAUAAAAUUUAAGUGUAGAAAUUACAUAUAUGGAUUUUUUUAAAAAUUUAAGAUAAUAUUAUAGAAUUAAAAAUCAAUAUUUUUAUACAUAGUCUGCUAAAGCAAAAACUGAAAAGAAAAUUCUAAUGUAAUAACUCUAAUUCGAAAAAAUCAGCCAAAAUUUCCAAAGAUCUCAAAAAUAAAAAAAAAAACAGGAAUAAAUAUUUCUGAAUGUAAUAACACAUUUUAAUUUUCGUUUAAAAAUUUUACAGAAUAUUUUUGAAAAAAAUUUUUAACAAUACAAUGUUGCAUUUUAACGAAAAUUUUCGAUGUUCGUUAUAUUGCUAAUUUUUUGAAUAUUAAAAAAAGUCAAAAUU